AUGACAAUGCGGUUCUCAGCCCAGUCAGUGGCCACAUGCAGCACUAACGACAGUGUAGAUGUGCAGUUAUCCACACAGAAGAUGAGCCUACACUUGGACGUGACCUUGCUUCUGGAAGGCCCUAGGAAUUUGGAUUUUGCUGAGGAUGAGAGCUGUCCUGUGUAUUACGUGGUGCUGUUUGGAGAAGAGGCGAAGUUAUACCUGAGGUGCACCGGUGGCAAAGUGGGUGCCAUGCCUGCCCUGGCCCCCAAGUUCGGCCCCUUGGGCCUGCCUUUAUUUCCACAGUCUCCAAAAAAGGUUGGUGAUGACAUCGCCAAAGCAACUGGUGAUUGGAAGGGUCUGAGGAUUACAGUGAAACUGACCAUUCAGAACAGUCAGGCCCAGAUUGAAGUAGUGCCUUCUGCCUCUGCCCUGAUCAUCAAAGCCCUCAAAGAACCGCCAAGAGACAGAAAGAAGCAGAAAAACAUUAAGCACAGUGGAAAUAUCACAUUCGAUGAGAUUGUCAGCAUUGCCCGACAGAUGCGGCACCGAUCUUUAGCUAGAGAACUCUCUGGAACCAUUAAAGAGAUCCUGGGGACUGCCCAGUCUGUGGGGUGCAAUGUUGAUGGCCGCCACCCUCAUGACAUCUUAGAUGAUAUCAACAGUGGUGCAGAGGAAUGUCCGGCUAUAAGUGACUUCUGUAUUUUUCAUUGCUUAAAAUCAGGGUGA